GAACUUUUCUCAACCUCUCUGCAUCUACUAGUGUAUAUUCACUAUAAAAUCUAAUAAUAUUCUAAAACUUUCACUUUCAUAUAGUUUCACUCUCUUAUAAUAUAUAUUUGUUUCUCAUAGAAAAUCCUACUCUUUUCUAAGCUAGUUAGUAAUCUCACAAAUAAUGAAUUCUCCUACCUUCAUCUUUGUACUCUAUACCCUCUUUCUUUUGUGUCUCAAUACUACUAUUUCUGUUUCUGUUUCUUCAUCACCACUUCCAAUGUCUUUGAGAAAACAAGCUUCUAUCUUAGUUUCUCUGAAACAAGACUUUGAAGCCAAAACUUCUUUGAAAACAUGGAACAUGUCUAACUACAUGUCCCUUUGUUCUUGGAAUGGUAUUCAAUGUGAUACAAACAAUAGUUCUGUGGUGUCACUAGACAUGUCCAACAUGAAUGUUUCAGGCACUUUUUCAUCUUCCAUCACAAAACUAAAGAGCCUUAGAUUCCUCAACAUAUCCAACAACAUGUUCAAUGGAAACAUGAUGAGUUGGAAAUUUUCUAUGUUAAAAGAUCUUGAAGUUUUUGAUGCUUACAACAAUGAGUUCAAUUGUUCACUCCCUAUGGGUGUCACUAUGUUACCUAAACUCAAGUACUUGAAUUUUGGAGGAAAUUUUUUCUAUGGAGAAAUUCCUUUAAUUUAUGGAAAAAUGUUGAAUCUUAACUAUUUGUCUCUUGCAGGUAAUGAUUUGAGAGGUUUCAUACCUUAUGAGCUUGGUAACCUUACUAAUCUUACACAUCUUUUUUUAGGAUAUUACAAUGAGUUUGAGGGUGGAAUUCCAAUUCAUUUUGGUAACCUUGUUAAUUUAGUUCAUCUUGAUCUUGCAAAUUGUGGUUUGAAAGGUUUCAUUCCAAAUGAGUUAGGAAAACUUUACAAACUUGACACACUUUUCUUGCAAACCAAUCAACUUAGUGGUUCAAUUCCAUCUCAACUAGGAAACUUGAGUAGCUUGAAAUCUCUUGAUAUGUCAAACAAUGAACUAAUUGGUAACAUACCUAAUGAGUUUUCAAACCUUCAUGAACUCACACUUUUGAACUUAUUCAUCAACAAGUUGCAUGGUGAAAUUCCACCUUUCAUUGGUGAGUUACCAAAUUUGGAAGUUUUGAAGCUUUGGCAUAACAACUUCACAGGUGAAAUUCCUUCAAAGCUUGGACAGAAUGGUAAAUUGAGUGAACUUGAUUUGUCAACAAAUAAACUCACUGGUUUAGUGCCUAAAUCUUUAUGCCUUGGAAAUAGUCUCAAGAUAUUGAUCUUGCUUAACAAUUUUCUGUUUGGUUCUUUGCCUUAUGAGCUUGGAAAAUGUUACACACUUCAAAGAGUUCGUUUAGGACAAAACUAUUUGACAGGAACAAUACCAAAAGGUUUUCUUUAUUUGCCUCAACUUUCACUUCUUGAACUACAAAACAAUUUUCUUCAUGGUUUUCUUCCACAACAAACAAGCACUUCACCUUCGAAACUCGGACAGAUGAAUCUAUCGAAUAAUCGUUUAUCCGGGUCGCUACCAAAUUCUAUUGGAAACUUUCCCAAUUUGCAAAUUCUGCUUCUUCAUGGAAAUAGAUUCUCAGGUGAAAUACCUUCUGAUAUUGGAAAGUUGAAAACUAUUCUAAGGUUGGAUAUGAGUCUCAACAACUUUUCAGGUAACAUUCCUAAUGAGAUAGGUGAAUGUUCUUCACUUACUUAUUUAGAUUUGAGUCAGAACAAAUUAUCAGGUCCUAUUCCAAUUCAAGUUUCUCAAAUUCACAUACUUAACUAUCUUAAUGUCUCAUUUAACAACUUAAACCAAACACUUCCUAAGGAACUUGGUGCUAUUAAAGGCUUAACUUCAGCUGAUUUCUCUCAUAAUGACUUUUCUGGCUCAAUUCCUGAAGUUGGUCAAUUCUUAGUCUUUAAUUCUACAUCCUUUGUUGGUAAUCCUAAGUUAUGUGGAUAUGGUGAGAAUUUGAAUAGUCCAUGCAACGGUUCUUCAUCGGAAAUAUUCGAGUCUCAGUCGAUAAAUCGUGCGAAACCUGGAGUUCUUGUGAAGUAUAAGCUUAUAUUUGCAUUAGCACUUUUAGUUUGUUCAUUGAUUUUUGCAAGUUUAGCUAUCAUGAAGAGUAGAAAAGGAAGAAGAAGAAGAAGAAGUAGGACAUUCUCAAAUUCAUGGAAGCUAACAACAUUUCAAAAGGUGGAAUAUGGAAGUGAAGAUAUCUUAGGAUGUGUUAAAGAAAGUAACAUCAUAGGAAGAGGUGGAGCUGGUGUUGUAUAUGGAGGAACAAUGCCAAAUGGUGAAAAAGUAGCUGUGAAAAAGUUGUUAGGAAUCAACAAAGGUUGUUCUUAUGAUAAUGGUUUAUCAGCUGAAAUAAAAACACUUGGCAGAAUAAGGCAUAGGUAUAUUGUAAGAUUGGUUGCAUUUUGUUCAAAUAGAGAGACUAAUUUGCUUGUUUAUGAGUACAUGAGAAAUGGUAGUUUAGGUGAAGUGUUGCAUGGGAAAAAGGGUGAGUUUCUUGAGUGGAAUACUAGAGUGAAAAUAGCAAUUGAAGCUGCUAAAGGACUUUGCUAUUUGCACCAUGAUUGUUCACCUUUGAUUAUUCAUAGAGAUGUUAAGUCAAAUAACAUUUUGUUGAAUGAUGAAUUUGAAGCUCAUGUUGCUGAUUUUGGACUUGCUAAGUUCUUGCAAGAUGCUGCUAAUGGGACUUCAGAAUGUAUGUCUUCUAUUGUUGGUUCUUAUGGCUACAUUGCUCCAGAAUAUGCAUACACAUUGAAAGUGGAUGAGAAAAGUGAUGUAUAUAGCUUUGGAGUGGUGUUACUAGAACUAUUAACAGGGAGAAGGCCAGUGGGAGAUUUUGGUGAAGAAGGAAUAGACAUUGUUCAAUGGACAAAAUUACAAACUGAUUGGAACAAAGAAAAAGUGGUGAAGAUUCUUGAUGGAAGGUUACAUCACAUUCCAUUAGAUGAAGCAAUGCAAUUAUUCUUUGUGGCAAUGUUAUGUGUUCAAGAACAAAGUGUGGAACGACCAACCAUGAGGGAAGUUGUUGAAAUGCUAGCACAAGCAAAACAACCAAAUACAUUUCAAAUGUAAUGAGUGAUUCAUCAAGGAAAUUAUUAUAAAUUAAUAAAUUAAUAAAUAAAUAAUAAGAUGUACCUUACAUGAAUGUGUUCAUGUUGUAGGUGCCAAUUUUCCUUAGUUUGUUUAUUUGAGAUUUGAACAUUUUGUUUUCCUAUAUAUGUUGUAGGCAUGUUACAAAAUUAGCUAUAGUUGGAUAAUGAUGCAUUAGAAAUAAUGGAGAGUUCAAUUAAUGUUGAUCCUACAAUUCAUAGAGAUUGGGAUUGAAGUUGAAUGAAAAGCAUACUUUUACUUCCCUUUA